ACGCGCACCGAGUGAAACGCCGAGUGAGUGCCUGCUCUCGGCAGAGACUCGCCGCGAGUGCCGCGAGCACACACACAAGAGCAGCAGGAUUCGGCGAAAUAUCGCGGCGCAGCGCAGGCCACACACUCCGUCGCCACUCGCCGAGGCUGCGGUAGCGGGCGGGAGUGCCACAGGUGUGCCGAAAGUGCCGAAAAGUGUGCGAAGUGCCGGAAGUACCGGUCGAGCGAUUCUACGAGGGCCACGGAAAUUCGGAGCGUAAGUCGUAACGAAGGAUGAGCGCGAACGCGAGCGCGAGCACAUCGAGCGGCUGAAGACACUUGCGAGGAGCAAGAAUACAGGAAAGGAAAACUGAGGAAGUAGGAAAAGCGAUGGUGGUGGAGUGGUUGUGCCCUGGACUCAGGUCGACCAGGAGCAACAGGCCUCGUCUUCUGCACUGCAAGGUGAUACUUCUGGACGAGCACGAAUUGUUGCAAGAUGUUUUGAGCUCCAACCUGGGCCAAGAAUUAUUAGACAGAGUGUUCAAGCAUCUCAACCUACUGGAGACCUCUUACUUUGGAUUGCGCUAUCUCGAUCAAGGAAAUCAAACGCAAUGGCUCGAUCAAAGUAAGAAACUCGGUAAGCAACUGAAGAUUCACAAAGGCGAUCCUGGAUCGGACGUUCACACUCUCUACUUUGGCGUUAAAUUUUACGCGGCGGAUCCGUGCAAACUCAUCGAAGAGAUUACCAGAUACCAGUUCUUCCUACAAGUGAAACAGGACAUUCUACAAGGAAGACUGCCCGUGUCCUUCGAUUUGGCGGCAGAAUUGGGCGCGUACGUCGUUCAAUCGGAACUCGGCGAUUAUGAUCCCAGACGACAUUCGCCCGGUUAUGUCACCGAAUUUCGGUUCCUCGCCAACCAAACCACGGAGCUGGAGAAUCGUAUAGUAGAGAUCCAUAAGACUCUUAUAGGUCAAUUACCCUCAGCGGCGGAAUUAAAUUACCUAGAUAAGGUGAAGUGGUUGGAAAUGUAUGGAGUGGAUUUACAUCCCGUUCUGGGCGAGGAUAACGUAGAAUAUUUCCUAGGUCUAACACCGAGCGGAAUAAUAUUGCUACGCAACAAGACCAAAGUAGGGAAUUACUAUUGGCCUCGUAUCAAUAAAAUUUACUACAAGGGCAGAUAUUUUAUGUUGAGAGUGAGCGAGAAAAAUUCCGAGGAGAGGACGCACGGUUUUGAGACACCGUCGAAAGGAGCCUGUCGCCAUCUCUGGAAAUGUUGUCUAGAGCAUCAGGCGUUCUUCCGACUAAUGGCGACCGGUCCACCGCCUCUCAGCCCGUAUUCUCGUUUUCACUCGUACAGUCCGCAAUCUACUCUGGAGAAACAUGCGGCCAUCAGGCGGAAUCCACCGCCGUUUCAAAGGACGCCCAGUCGACGGGCGCAGAGACGGGUCGUCGAGGGUCAAGAGAUGGUCGGCUCGUUCGUCGAAACGCCCGUUACCGUGAUCUCGAAUCCAUGCAGCAAUCCAUCUAGCGGCAAUGUUAUGUGCAAUACUCAACGGCAGGUGAACACCUCGAGUCCGAGAAGCACGAGAAGCGCACCGUGGACGCAGAGCCAGCCUCGUGGUCUUUAUACCUCGUCUAGUCCUCGCUCCGUUCGCUCCGCGGGAGCGGCACCGGCACUCUUAAGUAGACUCCAACGUCGAAGCAGCUCGGUGGAGAGUCAGAGUUCAGGAGAUAGUCAUAGUCGCGGUGGUCAUCGUAGAAGAAGUCAUAGUCAUAGUCACCGUCGACAUAGCAGACACUCCGACUGCGAGUCUGAGCUUUCGAGGGGCUCGGAUACGAGAUCCGGCCACCGAAAGCAUCGUAGGAAACACAGGAACUCCCGUUCUUCUAGUAGACACGAAUUGGUAGAUUCGGAGCCACAGUGGAGAGAAGUGCAAAAACGAAAAGGAGAAGGCGUGCAAAAAGCUAUUGUAAGUCAUACGGAGCCUAGGAGAAGACACAGAAGCAGACACCGUAGUCCUUCUCAGAAACAACCGCUACCGGACGAACUUCGAAAACACUUGGAAUUUGGCCUAGUCGACACUAGUGGGAUGAGCGAGCAACAACGCCGGGAGAUAUCCUACACGGUGGUACAGUCGCAAUCUGUACAGCAAUCUUCGUUACAAACUAACAAUUCUCGAUUGGACGACAUAGAUUCAUCGUCCCUACCUAGAACUGUCGGAUCUAUCGGCAAAAGAGACAGAAGACUCGCGCCACAUAAUCGUGAUGGGAGUUAUAACUUGCUGUCAACAACGUCCAGCAGCAGCACUCGAGUCGAGGCGAAGUUGCCCGACGCUCGAAAUGAGUGUAGCACAAGGAGGGACUUUUAUUAUACUCGUAACAACAGAAUACUGUCGGCUAUAGGCAAUAAUACGGACAGCGGGCUCGGGGAAAGUACGCCGCAGGAUUUUUCAAGCUGCUGCUCAAGUUCCGCCGACAGCAGUAAGCCUAUUCACGUACCACAAUUGCAAUUAGGGGGAGAGGUACGCUAUGAACUGCCUUCAAAUCAAGAAAUCUACCCUCAUGUUGACACUACUCUGGAUGCUGUUCUUCAACCCAUUAUAUCAACUUUAACGAGGAGGCAACGGGGCUAUCCGAAAUAAUUAUGAAACUUUAAAUGAAAAAAAAAAAAUAAUAAAGCAAUUUCAUACGCAUAUAUUGUAUAUUUAAAAAAAGUUUUAAUACCUUAAACAAAAUUAACAUAUCCGUGGAUCGCACAA